AUGAUAUAUUCAAUUAGAAUAUUCGUAGCAGAAGGAAUAGAGCUAUCACAAUGCCUUCAAUGCCUCCGGUCGCUGGGUCGCUUUCACGCUUUAUCGUUGGCGCUUAAACACCAACAACCGGAAACAUUUCGGACAAUCGUCGACACGAUUCAGGAAACAUACUACAGUGCAGCUCUGGAACCCUGGUAUCGUAAUUUCAUGCAACGACUCGUGGCUAUUUCGAAGGACGCCAUUGCCGUGGAGAGUGCGUCCAAUGUGUACGAGUUUCCGGCAAACUUAAAAGAAGUUACUCAAUCUUUCCUCGAUAGUAACAUCUACCAUAUGAUGGCGGAGCUCACGCAUACGCGCAACCAAAACUCUUUAAUUACUCACGGUGACUGCUGGCUACCGAAUUUCCUCUUCCGGCCCGACAGUGUCCGGAUGAUCGACUUCCAGAUGGUACGUUAUGGGUCUCCUGCGCUCGACAUUAUCCUCUUCGUUUACACCUGUACCGAUCAAACUAUGCGCCAGCAUGGAUAUGAUGAAAUGUUGACGGCAUACUACCAGAGCUGUUGCGAUCAUCUCGCCGAUCUCGGUUCCGACCCGGACGUAGUGUUCCCACGCAGUGAACUGUCGAAUGAGUUGGAGCAAUUCGGACGAUUUGGGUGUGGUAUAGCCGUGGAAUCGAUACCGCUUUCACUGUUGGAUGAAACGGAAGUGCCAGACUUGGAUAAAAUCGAAACAACGGAAGCUCUUCCGCUGGAACAGGUAAUGACGGUGCGAAACAUCAAGACUUCUGCAGGUCGGCGUCGAUUGUUAGACGUGUUCCGGCAUGCCUACGAGUGUGGAUACUUGAAGUAAAG